GAGCUUAGGAGAAAUCCUUAAGGGGUGCCAACCACAUGCUUGUCUUGAUGCAGGGCACUAAGUACCAACUCUCCCUCUCCCGUAAGCCUGACAAGAAGAUCGAUGUGGCCCGAGUAACCUUCGACCUGUACAAGGUGAACCCACAGGACUUCAUUGGUUGCCUGAGUGUGAAGGCGACCCUCUAUGGCACAUACUCCCUUUCCUAUGAUCUGCGCUGCUACGGGGCCACGCGCGUCAUGAAAGAAGCUCUCCGCUGGGCCCUCUUCGGCAUGCAGGCCACAGGCCACGUGCUGCUCGGCACCUCCUGUUACCUGCAGCAGCUCCUGGAUGCCACAGAGGGAGGGCAGCCCCCCAAGAGCAAAGCCCCAUCCCUCAUCCCGACCUGUCUGAAGAUACUGCAGUGAAAGCCCAGCCAAGGACUAGACCGGGAACCCCAUGCUCAGCUGGUAGCACCCACAAGCCUGGCAGCUAGAGAGCUUCUUACCUUCCCAAUACCUCCCUCAGCCCCACAGGAACAUGAAUGAUGAAGCAGGGGGAAGGGCCAGAAACCUGGGCUGGGCUGGUCAAAGGAGAACUGAGGGCUUUUGGCCUGGCCUGGCUCCUUCCUGCCCCAGGUAGCUUAGUGGGCCAAGACUGGUCACCAGCAGGCUAUGGCAGGAAGGCUGCCCCUCAGCAACCCGUCUUCAUGUGCUACACUUUCAUUACACUGCCUACCUCCUGGCCUCCCGUCCCAAAUGCUUCUGAGUGAAUUGUCAACCUACUCGUGUAUGAUACUAGAGAGUUCACAAUAAAUUAUUUAUGCUGAUACAUAUUCUUUGCUUCUGUUCUUUGCGAGGUGAGGGUGGGGUUCUAUCUGGAAAGUUGGUAAGGUCUUAGGGAAGAGAGAACUCUGUUGUCAAACCAUUCUCCAUAAUGGGGGUUAUAGGAAACAGCACUUUUUCUACCAAAAAACAACAACAACAAAAAUUACAGUUAAUUCUGAAACUAAUGUCUGCUUAAUCUGAGGCUUGAGCAGAUCAUGUAAUCAAUAUGGUAAAUGACAAUUUCCAAAAUAAGUUUGCCUACCAGAAGGACUUUGGGAACACAAAAGACCCAGAAUUGCCAAAGCAAUCCUGAGGAAAAAGAACAAAGCUGGAGGCAUAACCCUCCCAGACUUCAGACAAUACUACAAAGCUACAGUAAUCAAAACAGCAUGGUAU